AUGGCUUCUCGAUUGCUUCGUCGUGUGUGGAACAAGGAGUUCAGGGAUUAUUUAUGCAGCACGCACUUCUGGGGACCUGUGGCAAACUGGGGCUUGCCCUUAGCUGCGCUGGGUGACCUCAAAAAAAAUCCCGAACUGAUUAGUGGCAAAAUGACGUUCGCCUUACUUUGCUACUCGGCCUUGUUCAUGCGCUUUGCAAUCCGCGUGCAGCCUCGAAAUCUUCUUUUAUUUGCUUGUCAUUUUACAAACGAAGCUGCUCAGGGUGUUCAGGGGUUACGUUUCAUUGAUUACUGGCAUCUAAAGUCAGAGGAGCAGCGUGAGGCCAUCCGAAAGAGUUUCCUUAUGCCUGCGCCGGAGCUUGCAUUGGAAAAAGCGGCAACUUCGUGA